AUCGAUCCAAUUAAGCAUUGUGUGUAGCGAACGUAGAAAACAUUCGUCGUAAGUUGGCAGGUAAUAUUUUCAUAAUACUUUUGCCUUUUAACUUGCAUUAAAGUGAUCAAUUGUGUCUACCGAUGAAAGGUCAGAUGAAACGAAUAUCUGAAGAUAAUUGCUGAAUAAAACGCAUCAAGUUUAGUGGAAUCAGCUGUCAUAUAACCGAGAUAGAACUAGUCAUUAAAAAAUGGAAGAAGGUGGCGACACUGAAACUGUUUAUGGAACACACGAUGACACUGCAAUGGUGAUGUCUGAGAAGGUGCAGUCAUUGGCAGGAUCAAUAUAUCAAGAAUUUGAACGAAUGAUUCAAAGAUAUGAUGAAGAUGUAGUAAAGACAUUGAUGCCAUUAUUGGUAAACGUCUUGGAAUGCCUAGAUGCCGCCUAUCAGACUAACCAGGAGCAGGAUGUUGAGUUGGAACUGUUACGAGAAGAUAACGAGCAGCUUGUCACACAAUAUGAAAGAGAGAAAAAUGCUCGAAAACAAUCGGAACAAAAACUUCUCGAAACAGAAGACCUAGCAGAACAGGAGAACAAAGAGUUGGCUUGCCGUUUGGAGUCACUCGAAAGCAUUGUGAGGAUGUUGGAGCUCAAACAUAAAAACAGCAUGGAUCAUUCCAGCCGCUUGGAAGAGAGGGAAGCCGAACUUAAGAAAGAAUAUAGUAAACUACAUGAACGUUACACAGAGCUGUUUAAAACACAUGUUGAUUACAUGGAACGUACUAAAAUUAUGAUGGGUAAUUCGACGCAUUCCCAACUAAGCAGUACAUCUGAACGCAUGGAUUUGCAUCGUUCAAGAUUGAUUCCCAUGGCCCGUUCAUCUGGUCCUAUUUCUUAUGGUUUCACCUCGUUGGAAAAUUCCGCAAUGCUAGAUUCCGAGGCAGUAUGCAGUGCUGAAAGUAGUUCGGGCUCGGGUCCUUCCUCGUUGCAUAAUGAAAUUGACCAAGUGAUAGCUGAAGAAAAAUCAUCCGAAACUGAAAAGGCUUCUAAAGGAAAUCAGGAUUCAUCGCCAACGGAAGGAGCUAAUAAGAAAAUCAAUAUGACCAGUUCAAUCGGAGGUAAAACCACCACUAAGAAAGAAGAGCGCUCUGGAAACACCUUGUACCAGGAACUAUCAUUCCAAGACGAUACCAUUGAAAAUGACGACACAGAAAUAACGGGAGGAUGGGUUCAUCCAGGAGACUACGCUUCUUCCGUGAACGAUAACUUUUUUGGUAUGGGUAAAGAAGUCGAAAAUCUCAUCCUGGAAAACAACGAGCUUCUUGCAACAAAGAAUGCGUUAAAUAUCGUGAAAGAUGACCUUAUAGUAAAGGUGGAUGAACUUACCGGCGAGAUAGAGAUACUACGUGAACAGCUGAAUACGGUGAUCUUGUCCCGUAAUAAGCUUAAUGCUAAAGUCAGUGAGCUGGAGGAAGAGCUUAAGAAAAACAAAGCCAUGGUAAAACAAACUACAGCUGAGCAAGAGGAAGAAGGAGAUAUUCCUAUGGCCCAAAGAAAACGGUUUACCAGAGUCGAGAUGGCUCGUGUAUUGAUGGAGAGAAAUCAAUAUAAAGAACGAUUUAUGGAGCUUCAGGAUGCUGUUCGUUGGACGGAAAUGAUGCGAGCAUCUCGUGUGGAAAAUCUGGACAAAAAAUCUAAACAAAGUAUUUGGAAGUUUUUUAGUAACCUUUUUAGCUCCAGCGAUAGACCACCUCCCGAUGCAACAGGGAGAGUAUUGCGAUAUACAAGCAACUACAGUCCCACUAUGCCAGCACUAUCCGAAAACAGACCUUUCAACAACGCAAACCAAUUAAGCUCUUUAAAAAACUCUAAUGUUUUAAUACUUUCAAAAGAGUUAGACCCCUCAACUUCUGAAAAAGUAAACCAAAGAAAACGAGAACAAUACCGACAAGUAAGGGCACAUGUACAAAAAGAGGAUGGUCGGUUACAGGCAUAUGGCUGGAGUCUUCCUUCUACCAAACCAAUAGCAAACAGUACUCCAUCUAAAAUAAACAGUGGCGUCCCUGUGCCUGUUCCGGUGUACUGCCGACCGCUAGCAGAGGCUAGUCCCCACAUGAAGGUUUGGUGCGCUAGUGGAGUAAAUUUACACGGAGGAUAUACAAGGGACGGAGGCUGCAUGGUAGGAGCCAGUAUCUUCUACUCGAAAAAAAUCGAAUCUAAAAUAACCGAGAUUACUGAUAAUGAAACAAAUGCAGUUGGUGAGCUCGAGUCACUCGAGAAACAUUUAGUUUCAAUCAAUUCAAACUUGAACAGUGAAACGGAACUAAGCUCUUACGUUUGGAUUUGUACUAGUACACACUCGGCCAGUACAGUGACAGUGAUAGAUGCUAAAAACCCUGCUGAAGUGUUGGAUUCAUUUCCAGUUUGCCAGAACCACUUGCUUUGUAUUUGUACUGUUCAAGGAGCAGUGGAAAAAGAUUAUGCACUUCUAGAAAAUAGCGAAGUUACCAAAGCAGGCGAGAUGUUGGAAAAACCAGGUGAAGAUCCAGAUGAUGUUGGUAGAGUUACCUUUGUUAGAACAAGCUCUCCUUCAAUCUCCGAUGCCCAAUCAAGUAAACCAGAAACUGCGGAAACUGUUGCUGAGAACUGUGACCAAAACCACAAUAAUAAGUUUUAUUCUUCACAGGGAUUUACAGCCACCAUCGAAGAGAUCAGUUGUGAUGAAAACAAUCCAAUCAAGACUGAUAAAAAUGAAAAUGUCGAGCAAAACAUCGAUAAUGAAAAUAUUCCCAAAUACAACGAAGAUGAUCCAUCAGUUUCAUCAGUUGGUCCAACAAUGUGGAUGGGGGCCCAAAAUGGAAUGCUUUACGUACACAGUUCGAUAGCCAGAUGGAACGUUUGCUUACAUAAGGUUAAAUUACCUGACGCCAUUCUGUCUAUUGUUCAUGUAGAGUCUCGGGUUGUUGUUGCACUAGCAAAUGGGACUCUUGCCAUAUUCCGACGACAGUUGAAUGGCGAAUGGGAUACAAAUAAUUAUCACAUUUUAACUCUUGGAUCCCUGAAGCAUUCUAUACGGUGUCUUACCAUCGUUGGUGAUAAAGUUUGGGCAGCUUAUCGUAACCGAAUUCACGUCAUAGAUCCAAUUUCGCUCACGGUGUUGCACUCAUUUGAAGCGCAUCCGCGAAAAGAGAGCCAAAUCAGACAAAUGACAGCGACGGGAUUAGGAGUGUGGAUUUCUAUACGGCUGGAUUCCACUUUAAGGCUGUUUUCUUCCGAAACAUUCUGCCAUGUCCAGGAUAUUGACAUAGAACCUUAUGUUUCAAAAAUGUUGGGUACAGGAAAAUUAGGAUUUUCUUUUGUUCGAAUCACUGCACUUCUAGUUUCUUGCAACAGACUAUGGAUUGGUACCGGAAAUGGAGUAGUUAUAUCAGUGCCCUUGAGUGAUUCCAAUUCAACAGCGACAUGGAAUGUCGUGCCACGGUGCUGUAUGGCCAACGCUCAACUAUCUUUCCAUGGUCAUCGGGAUGCGGUGAAAUUUUUCGUAGCAGUACCAAUGAACCCAGAAGGUCAAAACCAUUACCCCUACAAGCGGGACAUGCUAGUGCUAUCGGGUGGUGAAGGCUACAUCGACUUUCGGUUAGGUGAUGGUGAUAUGGAAAGUAGUGUCGAAAUGGAAUCGGAAAAAACUCUGGAAAACCAGAAUGAAAAAAGUUUUAUUAUUGUUUGGCAAGUCAACAAUGUUUGAACCAGAGGUAAUUUAAAUUUCUUAUUAUAUACAUACAUAACUGAGUGCUAGACGUCUGUCAUACUUGUUAAUUUUGCAUACUUAAAAUGCUAUUCAACCUGGUAACUGACUUUGGAACAAUUAACAAUUAUUCCAAUAUACUUACUCAAUUUUAGGCGUUGCAUCUGCUGGUCAGCAUUACCAAUAAUUUACUUUACCAUAAAUAAACGAACCAUUUUGAUACGCUAAUCCAAUGCGAUUAUCUAGAAUCUCGCGAUGCUUAACUAUACCUAUUGUUCAGUGAUAGGAAAUAACCAUUAUUAAGAACAUUUUAAUUUAAUUUUUUUUGUUACCCAAAAUUUACAGGUUUUCAAUGUUGAUGUAUUUGUUUUUUUUUUCUUAAAUUAGGCCUUGUAAAUAUCAAAUGGAUGCUAGUCGAUUUUUAGUGAUAAAAGUUAAUUUGUAUAUAAAUACGCAAAAUAAUGUAUCUAGGCGAAUUAUGAAUACUUUUAAUUUAUAACGCUAUUAUUCUAUAGUUUUUAAUUAAAUAAUAUACCUUCAUGCAGUUCGA